AUGAAUAUUGUUACAAUUUCCAUUAUCGUCUCAUGUUUAAUUAUAUUCAUGAUAAGUGCCAUUCUAGGAAUUGGUAUAUACAUAUUACGUCGGCAACGGUGGAAAAAACAUUACCAUUCACCAAUGAGUUCAAUCUGCGCCAAGCAACAUCCAAUGAGUCUACCAGCGAUCAGUGAUUAUGAUAAUGUAACUUAUAGCGCGUUUCAUGCUAAUGUUCAACUUUCAUCGAGUGACGAUAAUGAUAGUUCGCCAAUGACAACAUCGGAUGAAUGUUCAUACGAACCGAAAAUAGUUUACCUUGGUGGUGAACAACAAUUAACGGCAAUAUUUGCUUGA